GGAUGUAUUACCAGUUCUCUGUGAAGGCCCACCAUCAGUUUCAAGUAUUUCUGCCCUCGGUUUCCGCAGCUCCCUUUUUUUAUUGUCAAAUAGCUUUUUCAAGGAGUCCAUUGUUCGAUGCCUCCCUUCAAGGCAAGCUGCAUCAAAUUUCGCAGUAAUUUUACUCCACGCCUUUUUUUUUAUUUUCCAUGAUCGCUGUAAAUUCCGUAAUUAUAGAUAG